CUAAUGUGUAAACUUUAGUCUUCACCAGAGGAAAACAAGUUCCCUUUCGUCCUGCUCUGCAAGCAACAUUUGAAAUACGCAAUCUCUUGGUUGACAUCUAUUGAAUUUACAGUCUUAAUUCUUCAAGGGAAAAACAAUGUGAAAGUGAACAAGGUGAAAGUGUUGCUAUGUUUGGUAGUAUGUGAGUGCUGCACUGCAAGGAAGUUAUUUUCUUUGUUUUACUGUGGUGCCAUAUUAGACUAGCUGUUACAUUGUAUGACUGUGUUAGUAUUGUUAUAGUAAUAAGAAUUGUCAUACAUUAUAUAUACAGUGGCCAUAACCUGGAGCGGGCUGGUAUAAGGAGACAGGGCCAUGCUCGUUAGAGCUUAUUACAGUACAGUAUGGUGUGGAGUGAGAUCGCUGGGAGUGGGGGCAUCUGGCAUCCAUACAUAGAGCAGGGAGAGGGCAACAUGAUGAGGUGAAAGCCUGCAGGCAGUUAAGCACAUCCACAACACGCACAAUUUUGUUAGAGUAUUUGCAGGUUCAGCUGGUACUCGGUUAUACGGUCAUUUGUGCAGCUGCUCAGCAAAGAACAUUUAGUAGGAGCCAUCGACACUGACGAAAGAGAUUCCGCUUACGGAUCAUUAGCUGUUGCACAACUAUAGGUCUAUUUACAUUUCCGGACAGUUGCAAGCUGAAUCUUCUGUGGGUAUAAAGUGCCAAUUGUUACUCUGCAAGCGCAGCAGACCUCUCUCCUGUAUGGCCCUAUAAGCAGUGCAGCGGGCAGUCCUACCUUGACCUCAGCCUGGGGAAAGUAUUGCCAGUGCCCUGGAAGUGCAAGCCAUGUGCAUGCUGGGGGUUUGGCUCGGCUUCCCCUGCCUAUAGCAUUCAAGGUUCCCUCCAAACUUUCUACAAGUGCAACUUUGAAAAGUGGAAUGCGGGCAGAGAGCAUGGGGGCGGAUCCCUGCUGUGCGGCGGCCUGACAGCCAGCCAAUCAGAAAAGCGGGCCUCCUGCCAAUCCUGGCAACCCGUCCAAUCCCGGCUGUGCCAUUGCUAAACUCGAUGCCCCCACUGAGCGCCUCCAAUGCUGCGCUUUCUGCCAAUCGCUGGAGGGACAGAGUGGGAAAAGGAAUAAGCAGAGUUGGGAGGCAGACAAAAGAAGUUAAAGAGCGCCUAAUCUGCCCAUGUUUGGGAAGGAUGGUAGAGGGGGAAAAAUAACAACAGUGAGUGUGGAUGGACUUGAUUGUGUGGUGAUGGAGCCCCCUUUGAGCAAGAGGAGUCAGACUCUGAGGUUAGCGGACUUGGCAGCGGCUCAAGCCCAUCCUCAUCAGAGCAUGACAGGCUUCCCGGGGUUGGGGAGUCAUCAAGCUCACUCACACCCUGCCCACAUCCACCCUGGGGAGUUGGGGAGUGACCCUGGAGUUGCCCUGACUCCAUUCGGACCUGAGCACAUGGCCCAAGCCAGUGCACUGAAACUUAGUCCCUCUCAGCACAUGCCCGCUCAUCCCGAGGCACAGACAGCCGCUGCGUUUGCGUCGCCGGCCACAGUCAGCUACCCCGUGGCUCACCCCCACACUGGCUACUCUGCCAGCAGGGACUUCAUCCUCAGGAGGGAGCUAUCCACUUCUGCCAUGCUGGGGGAGCAGCACCCGGCCGCCGGCUCCCCCCAUCACCACCAUCCGCACAGCAUGUUCAUCAGCUCCACUGGCUCCUAUGCUCACCCAGAGGGGGCCGGGCACCCUCUCUUCCCCGCCAUCCAUGAGCAGGCAGCCGCGGGAGUCCACCACCCCCUCAAUGGGCAGAUGCGCCUGGGUCUGGCCGGGGAACUUUACGGGAGAGCAGAACCUUUCAGAGCAGAGCACUAUGCAGCCUCUUCCAUCCACAGCUACAACUCUAUGAACUUAAAUGUCAACCUCGCCGCUGCUGCUGCCGCUGCCGCCCACCCAGCCGCUGCAGGGGCGUUCUUGAGGUACAUGAGGCAGCCCAUUAAGCAAGAGCUUAUCUGCAAGUGGAUCGAUCAAGAUCAGUCCUCUAAAAAGCCCUGCUCCAAAACUUUCAGCACCAUGCACGAACUGGUCAACCAUGUCACUGUGGAACAUGUCGGGGGCCCUGAGCAGAGCACCCAUGUUUGCUUCUGGGAGGAGUGUUCCCGGGAGGGCAAGCCGUUCAAAGCCAAAUACAAACUGGUUAACCACAUCAGAGUGCACACGGGGGAGAAGCCCUUCCCAUGCCCCUUCCCUGGAUGCGGCAAGGUCUUUGCUCGCUCUGAAAACUUGAAGAUUCAUAAACGAACUCAUACAGGAGAGAAACCUUUUAAAUGCGAGUUUGACGGUUGCGACAGGAAAUUUGCGAAUAGCAGUGACAGGAAAAAACACUCGCAUGUCCAUACCAGCGACAAACCUUACUACUGCAAAGUGCGAGGUUGCGAUAAGUCUUACACACACCCCAGCUCCCUGAGAAAGCACAUGAAGAUACACUGCAAGUCGCCCCCUGGCUCCCCCACUAAUGGCAGUAUGGGCUACCCAGCUGUAGGCACUCCUUUAGAUGAUUCCUUAUCUCCUGCUCAGGAGCAGGUUAGAGGGCGAUCUGCUAACCGGUCCCCUCAGGUCACAAACCUUAACGAGUGGUAUGUGUGCCAAGCCACAGGGGCAGCCAAUAACAUGCACACGGCCUCCAGCAACGCAGACUCCUCAGAGUCCGAAGAUGAUGAGGAUACUUAUAGGAACUCAGAGAGGACUAUACGCUAGGUACUACUUGUCCCUAUUGGGACCAACACAAACUGACUUAUGAACUGAAGAGAAAUGAAUGCCCCUUUUGGGCUUACAAUAUUUAUUUCCGAAAUAAACAAAAAAUAAACUAUGCUGUUAAAAGUCUGAAAAGCUCAAUAAAACUAGCAGGAGAGUGCCAUCACGGACACUCUGUGUUUAGGUGAUAAUUGCUGGUGACUUAAACACAAACAGCUUACUGAUUCACUGCCAAAUACCGCAAUGUAUUUUUUUUAUGGGUGGAGAGUUGUCCAUCAUGGAUAUUAUAAAGAGCGGCAAUGCUCUCUGAUGUACCUCAAACACAGGUGAUAUCACAAUGGGGCUUUCAGCUGGCUAGGCCCCAGUUUUGUAAUGGCGCCUGGACUGUAAACUAUCACUGCUGAACUUGGACUAAAAUGCACAUUCCCACAAACUGUAUUUUGUUUCUAACCAAACCAUCACUAACCCAUCAUUUCCGAGGAUGUUUACAGUCUCUCAGGCCACGAUUAUUUACGUGGCGUUCAAAAUAUAAUUAAUGUUAUUUAUACCGUCUAACAGAUGAAAGAAAUCACAGUUUGAUCCUUUGGGAACCUUGUUUUAUAUUAAAAGAAAAACUAUUUAUUAUUGUAAAAAAAACUCUAUGUUUGCUGCAUUGAAUUGAUUUUGUUGUGCCCUAAUGUGAUAUUUAAUCUGAUUUGGUGUGCAUUAAAUGUAUUACUCUUCAUCAGAUUUAAAAUUUAAACUGAUAUACUUCUUAGCAUGCUUUCUGUAAACUGAUCGGAAUCAAAUCAAAAGCAGACUUCAUUUCUAGGUCAGGGCCUUAUUCCAUCCUUGCUUAAAAUAAUCUAAAUUAUAUGUACAUACUCACUAUACAUGAGUGGGCGAGUCACUGUUAAAUACAUACUCAGAUGAUCAGUUAUUGUGAAUCCAGACUAUGGAGGUGUUAAAAGAGAAAACAGUUGGAUAUUGUAUAUAGUCACAUUAAAAUAAGCACAGGGCCCUUUAUUUGUUAUAUAAUCACAUCUAUAAAGUUGCCCCUGCUUUUGACAGGACAAGAAUAAUCAAGUAGUAGCAAUCUCUAUCCUCGCCCUAAUAAAGCAAUGUAAAAGUGCUUAUAACUCAACAACAAAAACAGUAUGUGGCACAUUCAGAAGGUACAAAAAAAAAAACACAAUUAAACAUAAAUACAAUAUGUAAAUUGUAAAAUAUCACUGAGCGGAAAUCAACGGUACCCAUAAUAUUCGGAGCACUGUUACACUUUUGCUUAAACUUUGCCACGGUAUUGCAUAUGGAAAGCUUUGGUAAGAAUAUGUAAACUAAAAUGAUAUUUGGCCUGCACUAGUUACAUUAUUAUUAUUUAUUAAUGUUUUUUUAGUUUAUCCUUUCAUUAAUAAAUAUUAGAUAUUCUUUAGAAAAAUAAUUUUCCUAUUGAUGUUACAACUUAUAAGUUGUAAGUACUUAUAUGUACAAACUGCAACACAGAAUUAACCAGCAUGGUGUGACAUCAGACCGCUCCUUGUCCUAAAUCGUUUCAGUUCAUUUUUUGUGUUUAGAUUGGAACAUAAUAUUAGGCAAAUGCAUCAUUAACUAGGUAGGGCGGCAUUAUUAGGCUUAUAGUCUAAAUAGAUAGGGAAAUCAGGUACAGGUCACAUCCCUAUAAUGCAUCAGGCAGCUCAGCAAAUCAUAUGAUGGACUGAGAAUUUAACUGAUUUUAAUUAUAUUAAAGGUACGAUGUGGAGGUCAAGAAACUAAAUAUAUGUCCCCAUAUCAUAGAUGAUACAUUAUCCAGCUAGGGAACAGUGCUUAUGGGAUGCCUAUUCCCUGAACGGCCCCCUUACAAUAGGCUGCAGCUCCAGACCCAGACCCUUGCUGUCAGACCUAUAUAUCUCCUGGUCACGUUAAAGUGCCGCUACCCAAGUUAAACAAUCCUGCUAAAGACUACUAAUUUACCCUCAGAGACCAGGAGACAUCUACUAGUAGACUGCCCUUCCCUGGGGUGUAUAGAAAAAUGUUGUGUGUGCUGUGAUCGAUUGUGCUAGCUUUGUUAUUGUCCAUAAAGUGUCUGUGAACGCUGUGCUUUGGUAAAAGUUGAAUUAAUUUAUUUUCUAACUGGAUUCCUUUUCUGGAAGAGUGAGCAUACACCAAAGACGUAAAUGGUUAUUUUUCAGUGAAAUCUCGGUGUUUGAUUCUGUGCUUUUUUUAGGAGAAGAACUAGAGUUCUGGAGAAAACUUUGAGGUAUAUCUAUUUUGCAUUUUACUUGAAUCAGUGUAAUGUGAAACCAGCUGUUGGUGCUUGUGUACUGUGCAGUCUGUGUCUGGGUCCCAAGUAGUGCAUAGAACUUUCCUAGUACAGUGCGUGCUGCUAUCUUUCCUUUGUGUCUAUUGUCCAGUGAGGUUGCUUUUUUUAAUUCAUUUUUUUUUUUUGAGAAAAAAUACAAUUUAAAAGAAACAAAAAUAGUCAAACGUCUUACAAGAACAUUCACUGUGUCUUCUUUUCAGAUUUCCUACUGUUUAAAUAAACAAAAAGUGCGUUUAAAACGUUCA